GAGCCAGGAAGCUCAUGGACCGCCAAAACUAGUCUCAAGAGGCGAUGUGUUCGCGUUGCGGCCUUUAUGAUUGCGACUGAUGGGACCAUAGGACCGGAACGAUAUACGAGUCUCUCUUAUACCAGUCUCUCAUGGAAUUCAAACACAAGUAGCUCUGUAUUAUGAUAUAUAUUCUCCAAGUCUCGACUGUACAAUGUCGAUAGUAUUCGUCAGCCUCGUGAACUGGCUGACAGUCCACGCACACUUAAGCGCUGUAGACUACCAUACAUCUAUAUAUGUGUAGUGUGCGGAUGCCUUGUGCUUCUGGCCAGCCGGGCCCUUAAAUGCGCAUCCACUCCUGAAAUCAUGUCAUAGGACGCGCUUGAACGCCCAGAAUUGAAAUGGUCCAGAUGCCUGGCGCCUCAGCAGUGGUGGACUCAGAGCUCGGUGCAAUACAGUCGCCGCAUCCAUCACUGAAACCUCACUCCCGGUGGAGCAUUUGGUGGAGAAAAUGGAGAAAGCGAAGCUUGGCUGUUUAUGCCAUGUUGGUCACCUCGCCAUCCAUCCCCCUCGUCUCUCUCUUCGUCUUCUGCGCACUCCUAGCGGCUGGACUAGCGAGCGUGUUGACUGCAUCUGCGGUAGCCGUCCAACGAGCACAGAACUUCGCUUACAAUGGAGUCGGAAACGGCGCUGCGCUAGCUAUCAAGGAGGCGCUGGUGGUCUCUGCGUUUGGGUCGGAGCUACUGGGCGCAUUCGCCACGCAGAGCCCCACAUGCAAGGAAUUUGAUGCCAAAUGGAAUGCCGCCGCUAAGGACAUCUUCAAGCGGAUCAACUCGGACGUGGUGGUACAGCUGGAGAUCAACAUUGCGGCGGUCAUCACGCACGUGUCGCCGCCGCUACCGCCCAGCCUGGCGGAGGUGCUAAUGGGCAAAGACCUGCUGCGGAGUGAAGCGGACCGGCCCGGCGUCAUCGAGCGUCUGGAGGGCAAGGACCUCGCCAUCAUGGGUCCAUACAAGUGUACGGAGGGCUUCAACUGCAUGUUCACGGUGAUGCCGCUGUUCCUGCCCGCGCCGAGUGAAGCCUACGACUGGGGCUGUGGGCUGCAGCCCUACAACUGCAGCGACCUGUGCUGGGACCCAGUCAACAAGACAAAGUUCUGGGGCCAGGUGAGCACCAUGCUCAACAUGGAUCCGCUGCUGGCUGGAGACGACUUCAGGCUGAGGUCGCUGGAGCGAGACGGCUACCGCUACCGGCUGUGGCAGGCCAACACGUCCCCCGCCAACCCCUACUUCCUACUGGCUGAGUCGGACACCCUGCCAGUGGAUCCCAUGGUCCGCAGCAUCAGCGCCUUCAACCUCCUGUGGUACCUUGAGAUUGCGCCGGCAGCCGGCUGGGUUCCGGCGUGGCGCAGCCCGUGCAUCGCGGUUGUGGUGGUGGGCUCUGUGGCGAUAUCGCUGCUGGUGCUGUGGCUGCUGGUGUCCAAGGAGCAGCACAACCGGCUGCUCAAGGCAAUGCUGCCGGGCAAAGUCAUCAAGCAGCUGCAGGACGGCGAAAGUACGGUUGCUCAGGAGUACCAAGCCGUCACAGUGCUCUUCAGUGACAUUGUGGGCUACACGACUGUGGCUUCGCAGCUGUCUGCCUGGCAGGUGGUGACGCUUCUUAACGAGCUGUUUGGCAUGUUUGAUGAGCUCACGCAACGCAACGGCGUGUACAAGGUCGAGACCAUCGGAGACGCCCUCAUGUGUGUUGCGGGUUGCCCUGUGCCCGACGACGCGGUCCGCAACGCAGUGCGUGCGGCCAACAUGGCGCUGGACAUGGUUAAAGCCGUGGAGCAUUUCAAGCCGUCGCUGGAGGGCGUGCGCGUGCAGAUUCGAGUGGGCCUGCACUCGGGGCCGGUGGUGGCGGGGGUGGUGGGCAAGAAGAUGCCGCGCUUCUGCCUGUUCGGCGACACCGUCAACACCGCCUCGCGCAUGGAGAGCACGUCCACGACCAUGCGCGUUCAGGUGUCGGACGUGACCGCCGCGCUGCUGCGGGCUAGCGGCCUGCCCUUCGUGCUGGAGCCCCGGGGCACCAUCAACGUCAAGGGCAAAGGUGCCAUGGAGACUUUCUGGCUGAAUGCGGGGCCCGCGCAUCGCGACCCGCUAACAGCCCAGUCCGUGCCGCGCAGCGGCCUAAUGCACCGUGUCGGCCACUUCGGCGCCCCGGCCUACGCCACCCCCAGCGUCAGCAACCAGCAGUGUCAGCCGCACCUGCCUGUGGACGUGAGGGUGGCAGGCGUGAGCGCAGGCGCGGUGGAAGGCAGCUUGGCAAGCGUAAACGACCGCCCCAACAGCUACAAUCCCGACUGCAGCCCGAGCGGCAAGAGCGCCAACCGGACCAUGGAGCGGCUCAUCACCGUGCUGCGCCUGGGACGUGCGGAGGCCGGCUUGAGCGGAACCAGCUCCCGCGGCGGUGACGUUGCGAUGGAGCGAGCCCGUAGCGGCAGCGUCGCGAGCGGGCCGCUGGGGCAGCUAGCACUAAAUUUGGGCCCGGCGCCGCCCGUGGCGGCGGCGGAGAGGGACGCGCCCAUUAGCAGCAGUGACGUCCUCACCGCCGGCACGGGCGCGGCGGCCGCGCAGUCAGCUCCGGGCCUGAACACCUCAGGCACAGGCUGUGGGCCCGGGACGAGCUCGCGUGUGUCGUUCGGCCCCUUCCCCAGCAGCCCCCUGGGCAACAGCAGCCGGCUGACGCCGGUCUCGCAGUCCACCUCCGCGAGCUUUGGUGCCACGUUCCCAGCGCUAGUAACUGCGGAGAGCGGCGACGGUGGGGCCGGGGCACAGACAGCACACAGCGACCAAUGGGCGUCCCCCGCCGCGGCGGGUGCGGUGGUCGGGCCGCCUCCGUGGCAGACGGGGCGGCCAGUCUCAGUCGUGGCGCAAACCGGCAGUCGUGGAGUUAGUGGCACAACGGCGAGCUUGAGCGCGGGCAUUGCAGGCGCGAUUGCGAGCGCGCAGCGUGUGCCAGCUGCGGUGGUGGUCGUCACUAAGCCGUCGUCGGAUGCCAGCGCGUCGCCCAACUUGGCGGACCCAACAGCAACACUUUGAAUGGCGCAGGCAGGUCGGUUGCAGUAUAAAUAAUAGCAGUUCUACAUGUUCGCAGCUGCAGGAGAUCAACUGGAGGGGUUUGCGUGGAGGCAGGCGGGCGCAUAUGGGUUUUGUAUCACCGGAAUUGCAAACUUAAUGCAGCGUUGUGUUGUGUGUUGUAGUCAGCGUGCGUGCAUGUAGUGCGCGCGCGUGUGUGUGCUUGCUGUUUGCAUGUUCCCCACGGAAUUGCACUGCCCAACAUCGCUGCCACCACAUUCUGAUCAUUCGUGCAUCCUUUGCCAUUAAAAGGUAGGACGGACUACGAUGAAUGGGACUUAGCACUGUCGUAGGAUCGGUCGGCAAGCAUAUAUGGGAUUGCUGCUGGUUUCGUUGACACUCGAAGUUGUAUGGGAAACUUUCCGACAAUGGCAUGGCGAUAUGAUACAAUACACGCAUAUGCGCGCGAUGCAUCUCUGUGAGAACGUGGGUGUUGCGGCCUCGGGGGCCCAACGACGAGCGCAUCCGUUGCGGCGACAUCGUGUCAGGCAGCUGCAGGCACGGCCUGUGCCACGGUGGAACUCUGCAGGACUGGUGGCGGCGUUGACGCCUGCAGGUGUGAAGGGAUUGUUGCCAGGAGUUGGGAAGCCAAGCAGUGUGGAUUGUACGACGCGAGUGCAGUGGUGCAUGAUGCAUGUACGGUAUGGAUGCGGAUUACAAGCCUUGGGGAAGCGGGUAGCCGUUCCUGCAGACAGAGUGGGAGAUGGGGACAUUGCAGCAGGGGUUGAUGUCAAAGGAUGAUAGGAUGGCCCAAGCGCUCGUGACGACGUAGAUGCACCCCAGCAAUCCCGUAUCUCCAUGUUGGGACGAUGUGCUGCUUGGAUUACGAAGGGAACGGAUUGCGGCGGGAUCUGUGUUGGCGUUUGCGCCAUUUGGCUAUUCGGCGAGUGCUUUUUAUUGAAUAGGAGUCGUGUCGGGUCGACGCUCGAGCCUCGAGGGGUACCCCUGGAGGCCGUGGAGGGAGCUGCCUGCGGGGGUCCGUGUAGGGCGGCGAGGGCACAAGGACGAUGGUCCUGGUGCCGUCGUAUUGUUUGCCAGCGGCACCUGGGCGAAUCCUGGCGAAACCAGGGAUAAGGGAAGGAGCUUACAUCGCCCCUACGGCACGCUCUAUGCUUUAGGCUGCUAGCAGCUAAUAGGGACAUCGCCAGAAGAGCGCAAUUUCAGUUCAUCUUCGUUACGAGCGGCAUGUUAAAAGCAACUUCCUAGGCGGUCGCUGUGACCGUUCAGUGUUCGCGGCUCAGUCGCCGGUAAACUUGCCAUGUAAGCUGGUAUUUCG